AAAAAAGGCGAUCUGACAGCGGUCUCAGCUCUCCCUCCGCUUUCUCCGGGAUUGUCACGGGAUUUCAAUGUUCAGCCUGCUCUUUACGGAGAAAACCACAAGCCUGAGUCAGACUGUCUGCCUAUGGUUCCACCUUGGCACAGUGUUUCUGUGUUGAUUUGGGCCGUACCUAUAUGGCGUAUGUGAGUGUCAGCGGAGAAUUCUGCCAGGCUCAGCACCUCGCCUUCGUGGACAAGUGAAUUGGCCGCCCCCUGAGGGACUACGCUACCCAGAAACCCCCCUGAUUGCCAGCACACUGGGAACCCCUGACAUUUCCAAAGGCCCUCUGGGAUACUGCGUAGUCCUUGGCCAGACUGCCCUGCUCUGUCCCAGCCAAUAAAGAGAAAUCUUUUCUUACCGCUUUCUCCUCGAAGAGCCAAUCACAAACAGCUCUCCUGAAUGGGCCGUCUCGCCAACAUGAACCGCCCCGCUGCAGUCGAGAUUGCCUACGAGUGCAUGAGGUUCCUCAUCACCCACAACCCCACCAAUGCCACCCUCAACAAGUUCACUGAGGAGCUGAAGAAGUUUGAAGUGAACACACUGGUUAGAGUUUGUGAGGCCACUUAUGACAAGGCUCCAGUGGAGAAGGAGGGGAUCCAAGUCUUGGACUGGCCCUUCGAUGAUGGCGCCCCACCUCCCACCCAGAUUGUGGAUGAUUGGCUCAACUUGCUGAAGACCAAGUUUCGUGAGGAACCUGGCUGCUGCGUUGCCGUGCACUGUGUGGCGGGGUUAGGCCGAGCUCCGGUCUUGGUGGCCUUAGCCCUCAUUGAGUGUGGGAUGAAAUAUGAGGAUGCAGUGCAGUUCAUAAGGCAGAAAAGACGUGGAGCCUUCAACUCCAAACAGCUUCUUUACCUCGAGAAAUACAGACCCAAAAUGCGUCUGCGGUUCAAGGAUGCCAACGGCCACAACUGCUGUGUGCAGUAGGCUGUCUGUCAGUGUGUCACUCAAUGUGCAUAUAGAGGGGAAACUAUUCCAACAAGGGGAGAUAAAAAUGAAGAGAAAGCUAUCAGUAAUUUUUGUGAUGAUUUGUUAACACACUGUGUCAUGGCUAAUUGAUCACAGAGAAGCGAGCGAGUGAUCGAAUGAUUGAAUCCAGAUCAAGGGAUCCACCAGCCGAACCAAUGAAUGAGAAAGGUCAAAGCACACAGAUAGGCCCACCUCCCGGUUACUAGUGUUCAACCAAGGGGCCAGAAUUUUUCGACUCGAGUCCAUCCUGAUACACCCCACCCCACCCAGAUUUCGCCGUGGGUUAACUUUUCCAUUUUGUGUAUUUUUAUUUUUACACAAGUUCCACAAUGAUGGGGGGAAAAAACAACCUCAUAAAUGUUCAAUAUUGAUUUUUAUUUCUAUUAUUGAUAUUGUGAUUGGCCCGGGGUUAUGUACCUUUUCUUUUUCUUUUUUUUUUAAAGAUAUUUUAAACCUUUCAGCACAUAUGACAGUCCAUUUUGAUGUUUCUCCAAAAGGUUCAACUAAAAAUGCAGUAAUGUUCUCUUCCCCUUCACUUGCUUAAAGUCACUUUAAGUUUAGGGGUUCUACUUAUUUUUGAAUAUGUCCGCUAUAUUUAUUCACAAGCUAUUAGUGUGGCAGUCUAGAGUUUGGCAGGGGUAAGGACACUUUAUCCUUUUUUUUUUUCUCCUAGAGCCAUGUUUUUUUUCUUUAUUCCACUUACUGUUUUUUGAAAUCUUGCGGGAGUGCAAUAACGAGUCCACCUCAGAAGAGCCCACCAAACCCUACUGGCCGUCCUAUACACACACACACACACACACACACACACACACACACACACACACACACACACACACACACAUGCAUACACACACAUACAUGCACACAUACACACACACCUUCUUCUCACUUUGUCAUAGAGGCAGUUGAACACGGGGAGACACUUGGUGAUUCGCACAACAGGUACUUUUUUCCCAUUCACUAAGGCUGCUCACUCCUUUUUAACGGGUUUACAACAGGAUUUCCCUUCACAUCACUCAUUAAGACGCAUACAGAGCCUAAGAUCCAACUGUUAAACCCUUACUCUCAGUCUGAAGGAAAAGAGGUGGAAAAGAAAGAAAAUGGUCAGUUUUUUAUCAUUGUACCCAUUUUGAAGACAUCCCCAAUUCAUAUUGGUUCUUAAAGAUAAAUAAAUUGAAAUA